AUGCUGCAACAAAUUUUGCAUGAUAUGUACAUUGACCCUGAGCUCCUGGCAGAACUGAAUGACGAGCAGAAGCACAUCCUGUUCUACAAAAUGAGGGAAGAGCAGCUGAGGCGUUGGAGGGAAAAGGAGGAAAAAGAACAAAGAGAGGAAGCUGCGCUGAAAAGGACAGCGAGAUUCAAGCAAAGUAAUGACAGACGUGUGCAGUGGCUGCAUGGGAGUGAUGGUGAGAUCUGGGUCUGGAUUAUGGGAGACUCCCCAGGUGACAAGCCAUAUGAACAGAUUUCUGAGGAACUAAUGGCAGAACGAGCCAGGCAACAAGCACAGAAGGAGGCAGAAGAACUACGGAAGCAAAAAGAGGCUGAAAUUACAAAGAAGUUCCGGGAUGCUAUGGCUAAGGAGAAAGCCAAAAUAGUGGCAGAAAAAUGGAAAUUAGAAACAGAAGAUCGAAAAGCAGCCAAACUGAUGGAGGAAAAAAUUCAGGAGGAAUUAAAGAAAAGAGAGGAAGAAGAGAGGCAGAGAGGUGAAGAACAGAUACGACAGCAAGAAGAACUUAGAGCAAAAGAGUUGUACUUGAGCCUCAAGCAAGCUCAACAGCACAGCCAACACAGUGAACACGAGGAUCAGGAGUGGAAAGAACAGUUGCGCCGCUCAAAGGCUGCAGAUGAGGAAAGGAGCCACAAAGCACGCAAGGCCCGGGAUGAAUAUCGACGGCAAUCCUUACGAGCCAUCCAGAAAGGAAAAGUGGCUGGCUUGAGUAACCUGUUCAAGGGGACCAGCCUGAGUAAUGAACCAGAGAUAAAGCUGAACAGCAACAAUCCUAGCCCACUAAUGACGCUCACUACACCAGUCAGGAAAGCUUGGGAGCGUCCUUCUAGACCCAUUUCCAGAGAAAUCCUCAUUCGCUGGUUCAAGGAGGAGCAGCUUCCACGACAUGCUGGGUUUGAGAGAAACACCUGUGCUGUAGCGCCCUGGUUUCAUGGUAUUAUUAGCCGCCAGGAGGCAGAAGAGCUGCUAAUGAACAAGUCUGAAGGAGCAUUCCUGGUGCGGGUCAGUGAGAAAAUCUGGGGCUAUGCUUUGUCUUAUCGCCAACAGAGUGGGUUCAAACACUUUUUGGUGGAUGCUUCGGGGGAUUUCUACAGCUUCUUGGGCGUGGAUCCCAACCGGCAUGAGACACUCACGGAUCUUAUUGAUUUUCACAAGGAGGAAAUUAUCACAUCCUCAGGUGGGGAGUUACUACUGGAACCAUGUGGACAGAGGAAGAAUCCACCUGACUACAGUUCCUUAUUUGAAUGA